AUGGAAGGUCUUCCUGACCUUCGAGUGCUCGUCUUGAAGUCUAACAUGUUUGAUGGUAACAUGUCGUUGGCUUCACGAAGCAACCUUCCAUUUCCGAAGUUGCAAGUUUUAGAUAUAUCAGAGAACGAAUUUGUGGGGUCUUUACCUCAAAAAUAUCUCAAGAAUUUCAGAGCAAUGAUGGAUGCGAAGGAAAAUCAAACAAAUAUUCUAACACCAAGUGAUGUUGAUGAUCGCAUCUUUCAAGGUUUUUUGGAGAUGAGAAUCACCUUGAAAGGUCUGGAUCAGUUAUUGAAGAGAUUGUUGAAAACCUUUGCAACCAUUGACUUAUCCUCCAAUAAAUUCUCUGGGACUAUUCCACAUUCCAUAGAGAUUGGCUUUCCUCCAAGAAGGGGAAGUCGGCUCUUCUGUGACAAUAAAGCUGCGAUUAGUAUAUCUGAAAAUCCCGUACAACACGACAGGACCAAACACGUGGAGAUCGAUUGGCAUUUCAUCAAAGAAAAGCUCGAUAGUGGGAUCAUUGAACUUCCUUUCAUACGAUCGGAUGAACAGUUGGCUGACAUAUUGACUAAGGCUGUAAACACAAAAGUCUUCAGAGAAGUUCUGGACAAGUUAAGUAUCGGAAAUGCCAUUACUCAACUUGCGGGGGAGUGUUGA